AUGCUCUUCAGUGAUAGAAUCGAUUUAGGACUAUUGUGCAUUAUUGCCCUGGUUGUCAUUCUAGGUCUGACUCGCAGACGUGUCUACCCUUUACCUUUACCCCCUGCCCCCCCUGCAUUACCAUUUCUCGGUAACGCGCUACAACUGGAUACUAAACGACCUUGGCUCACAUAUACUGCAUGGGGAAAGACAUAUGGGAAAAUCGUUUAUUGCCGCACAUUUGGGAUCAACUUGAUUAUCAUAAACUCUGAAGCCACUGCGUGGGAGCUGCUCGACAGGCGUUCUAGGAAUUACUCUUCUCGCCCCGUUAUUCCCACCAGCGAAUUAGCUGGGGUGGAUUUCAAUACUGUGUUCCUGCCAUAUGGAGAGACUUUACGGCGACACCACAAGAUCUUUCAUCAAGUCCUCAGAGCCGAAGCGUCAGCCUCACACCAUGAGAUCUACUCUCGUCACGCAAACGAACUAGUCGUCAAUCUCUUGGAUGUCACUAGCGACUGGCAGCAUCAGACUGAAAUAUAUGCGGCUUCCCUAAUCAUGGCUGUGACUUACGGAUACCUUGCUCACGGACAUGAAGACCCAUUUCUUUCUCGCGCGCGCGAACUCUAUGAUAUUGGUGAACAUAUUGCUUCUCCCAAGAAGGCUGCCAUGCUCAUAGCCUUUCCUUUCCUCAAAAAGCUGCUGUUGUGGUGCUUCGGUGGAGCAUUUUCUCUGAUGGGACGCAGUAGAGAAUUAGCUCAACAGCUUUUGAACGAGCCCUUCAAUGAAGUGAAGGCACAGAUGGACACCAUGAAGGCUGUUGCGUUGACAGGAUAUUUAGUUGGCAUGGACACAACUGCAUCUGCAUUACAGACAUUUCUGCUGGCCAUGGUGCUCUAUCCUGAUGUCCAAGCACGAGCUCGUGCAGAACUUGAUCAAGCUGUGAAACACGAUAGAGUGCCAUGCCUUUAUGACAGGGCGUCAAUGCCCUACCUUGAUGCCAUUCUUCGCGAGGUCCUGAGAUGGUAUCCUGUCGUCCCCCUAGGAAUUCCACAUGUGGCCUCAAAUGAUGAUGUUUACGACGGGUACUUCAUACCAAAAGGUGCGAUGGUAAUGGUUAAUCAGUGGGCACUCUCGCGGGAUGAAGACAUAUUUCCCGAUGCAUCGCGCUUCGACCCAAGUCGCCAUCUGACAGUCGACGGGAAGCUGAAGGAUCCUUUCGUGAACCAUUUUGCCUUUGGUCAUGGCAGGCGUAUUUGUCCUGGCCGUUGGUUCGCAGAGAAUAGCCUGUGGACCGCAGCUGCUGCCAUACUCGCUGUCUUGCGCAUCGAUCAUGCCAAAGACUCGAACGGAAACAAGUUUGAGGUGAAGCCGGAGUUCACCACCGGCUUGGCGAUUCACCCCGAACCAUUUCAGUGUUCGUUUGAGAUUGUGAACGCAGCGAGAGAAAGACACCUCCGAGCGAUGGUGAAUUCGAAUUAG